AUGAGGAUUCCAAAGGAUAGUUUUCUGGAUACAGUGUCCUUGACAAUUCCAUCCGUUUGCAUCGGUGAUGGCUGUAUAAGAGGUACAACCAGAAUAGACAACGAGAAUCGAACAUACUCGGCCUAUCUCGGAAUUCCGUAUGCAAAACCUCCAGUGCGUGAACUUCGAUUUGCGAAUCCUGUGCCCAACGACCCGUGGGAUGGAACGUAUGAUGCAUCAAUGGAAAAGGAUAGUUGCACGCAGAAAAUUAUAACCUUGGUUUUGGGCUCGGAAGAUUGCCUCUAUCUCAACGUUUUCGUACCCCAAUUAACUACAUUCGAAAAUACUGGUCUCCUGCCGGUAAUGUUGUACAUUCAUGGAGGAGCCUUCAGUCGGGGUGCAGCGAUUACCGCGACACGAGAUCCGGUGAGGCUGAUGAGCACCAGGAGAGUGAUUGUCGUUACCAUCCAGUACAGACUGGGCGUAUUAGGAUUCCUUUCCACCGGUGACCUUUCGGCUUCGGGCAACUUUGGUAUGAAAGAUCAGGUUCUGGCGAUGCGCUGGGUUCAAAAGAACAUCCGUACAUUCGGAGGAGACCCCCAACUAGUCACCAUCUUUGGAGAAAGCGCUGGUGGAGCUAGCGUACAGUAUCACAUGCUUAGUCCCAUGAGCCGAGGCUUGUUCAAGCGUGCUAUCUCCAUGAGCGGAAGUGCGUUGUCUCUUUGGAGCGUUCCCAUGGUCAAUCCUCUUGAAACGGCUCGAAAACAAGCGAAGGCUGUCGGUAUUAUGGAUGCCGAUACACUCUCUACCGCGGAACUGAUCAAUAAACUGCGAACAACACCCGCUCUAUCGCUGGUAAAUGUCACUGAUAAGCUAAAUGAGCCAACAGACAUUUCGCUCACCGUGUAUCGUCCAACUAUUGAGCCUCGAGAAGCGUCAGAACCGUUCCUGGUGGAAGAUCCACGAGAUAUUUGGAAUCGUGGCGAUUACAAAGGAGUCCCCUGGCUUACAGGAGCCAUUCCUACGGAUGGAUCCAUCGCUGUACAGAACGUUCUUAGAAGAAAUCUUACAGAUACGAUCAACACUCAAUUCAUUUCGUUGCUUCCUCGGAUUCUAAGCAGCAAAAUCAUAACACGCCCGAUGAUCCGAGCGUUGCGGCAACGGUUUUAUCAAAAUGUUACCGCAGGACAGUGGAUUUCAGAGGAUCUUUACGAGCAGGCGACUCAAUUGAUCUCGGAGUCAUGGUUCCUCUAUCCGAUGGUUGGCAGCAUAAAGCAGCAUCUAGCAAACCGCAAGCCGCAACCCACCAGUGUCUAUUCGUUCGAGUUCAAAGGACGUCAAUCGCAUUCUUCACGGAAUACUAACAGUACUAUGGACUACGGAUUAACACAUGACGAUGAAAUGAUUUACAUUUUCCGGGCGCCGUUGUUCUUCCCAGUCGACUUUCCGGUUGGCUCACCCGAAGCAGAAAUGUCUCGACAAUGGAUCAAGCAUCUCAUCGAUUUCGCCUCGACCAGAAGUGCUGGUAAGGUUGGCUCUUGUAUUGGCCAAAGCUGCUCGGUGGUCCGCUUUAGGAAUUCCAACAGCAGAAAUGGUAAUCCAGUAUCGAGGACAAUUACAUCCGGAUUAGAUGAGGAGAUGUUCAAGUUUUGGAGCAAUUAUUACAAAUCUGGAGGAUCGUAUUAG